AUGAAACUCCCAGUUCUCUAUAUUCCUCUCCUCCUAUCGCCACCCGUUGUCUCGAUAGUCGCCUACGAGAGCACGCUUACACCACCGCUGCAAAACGCAAAUCACAUCUUCAACGCGAUCCACGCUUCAAUGCGCCAAAGACCUGCGAUUACUCUACGUCGACGGCACCUCGGCUGGAACAUCGGCCAUUGGACACUCGACAGUCAAGACCGCAUUUUGUUUAACGACACUAUCACCGGGGGCAUCAGUAGCGAGGAUCAGCGCGCAAGAGCUGUCUGUCAGCUUGCGAAGGAUGAAUGGGAGGACCGUCUUGACGGAGUCAUUCGUAUGGCGGCCGGCUUCGAGAUUAUCCUGUGUGAGCCGGAAGUGAAUCUGGUGUCAGUGCGGGUCAUGCCCGUGCCUUCUAAGACGAAGGACGGGGAGCAGAAGCAGAUGCGGGACCGCGAGCAUCUACAGAUCGGGUCAGGAGGGAACGGAGGGAAAGCAGGUAAAGCAGGAAAAGCAGGAAAAGCAGGAAAAGCUGCUCCCUUCCAGACUCGUGCCAGCUUCAUCCUGCGCUUCAUCCCCUGUGAUCAAAACAGCGUGGAAGCAGCCUAUAGAAGAUUAGAUGUAGAACAGGAGAGAUUUAUGUCUUUAGCCCUCUGGCUGUGGCAACAGCGUACAAAUUCAAAUUUUCUGCGGCUGUGGUUGCGUGCCUGGAACCGAGCACCCUGA